UUAGACCAGAAACUAGAUCCAGCUGCAUUAUUAAACCUAGCUCAUUCAAAAUGCCUAUUCAAAACGUAAAAUUGGCCGUACUGGGAUCUGCUGGUGUUGGGAAAUCGGCAAUGGUGGUCAGAUACAUCACUGGUCGGUUCCUCCAUCACUAUGACCCGACACUGGAGGAUGAGUAUUGCAUUGAAACAGAAGUGGAGGGUCAGUUGGUGAAUGUGAACAUCUUGGACACUGCUGGCAUCGGAGAGAGCUCAUGCGAUUGCAGUAAUUAUCUGAGUCUAGUGGACGCAGUACUGGUGGUGUUCUCACUCGAGAACCAAUCGUCUCUGACCACAGCACGACAGCUGCUGGAGAGUGUUCGAACCUCGUCCCUCCCGGCUGUUCUGAUUGGUACAAAGUGCGAUCUUCGAAGUAACGAACGAAUCCUCUCCUAUGAUGAAGCACUCACCUUUGCUAAUGAGUAUGGCUGCACUUAUGUAGAGACUUCAUCGGCAGUCAAUAUCAACAUAUUUGAGGCAUUUCAGUCUGCUAUCAGUGCAGUCGUAAUGAAAAAACCAGCUGAUGAGGAGGCCGUGAAGGUAGUCAAAAUCGAGAAGAAGAACUCGACUCGGAGAAAAGUGCGGAGUAUUUGGUCACGAUUGACACGUUUCAGGAAAGAUAAGAAGUUGCUAGACUCGUUAGUUGCGUCACCAAAUUCUAUUGAAGUCGAUAUAAUUCGAUUGUGCUCUGCCCACUAGCCAUGGAGGCACAUGGCAACGAGUGGUUGCAAGCCAGGUAUAUAUUGUGACUGUAUAUACCUGUCAGCCAUCGAUUGAGAGAGAGAGGGAAAGAUGUCUGCCAUCUUCUAGACCAAUGCCAACUAUAUAAUUAUGUUAUACCCGCCGUGCUAUUCUAUUCUACAAUCCAUUCUACUACUACCCAAUUCUACUACCCAUUCUCCACUACUAUACUGCUGGCGUUCUGUUGUUCUACUGCUAUUCUCUAUACUGCCCCUUCGUUCUACUGCACACAUGAUGCAACUGUGUAGUAUCCGAUCUUAUAAUAUGUAUAAUGUAUAGAGACAGGUAUAAUAAUUUUUAUUGUAUAUAGACAGCUUUAUACUUUACUGCAAUAAUAUUAUUAUAAUUUAUUUUGUGCACAAAAGGUCAUUAUAAGAUUGUAUAUCUUU